UUGUUCGAGGACUUCAGGAGCCUUCUGUCAUGGCGCCGCCCACACUGAGUUCGCGAUGUCGGUAAACUUUUCAGCUCUGCCUGCUCGUUUACAAGCAGCGAAACGUCUGAUAUCAACUACCGUUCCUCAGCGUACCUGCCAAUGCUCCAAAUCAACCAAGCCUCCAAAAACGUCAGUAGUUGCAGCACGGUACGAUGGCAAGACUCGCGUGCCCGUAGAAACUGUGAACUCUGGCGACGCAGUGAAGAAAAUAAACUUCGAAAAUUUGUCAUUAUUCGGACCGCUUUUAAAAUCGACACCAGAACAACGAAAGGAUGAACAAAUGGGUUUUCGCAUGACUUAUUUGGACGAGAAAGUUCCACGCCGUCUAACGAAACCGAAACUGGCUUGUCAUGAUCCCGCCGUCAAGAAGAUAACGGUGAAGGAAUACGGAUACCGUACUUUACCGGACGUCGAAUAUUCGGAUGCCAUACAGGCUCCGCAACACGAUAUCCUUAAGCUAAACGAAGGGAAGAUCAACCUUGGAAAACUUGAAGAUAGUACCAGGGGGGAAUCCUGCGAAGUCUCCAUCAACAUUCCGCAGUACGAACCGGACCUGAAGGCUACACUUUCAUUUCCCAUUUUUAACUAUGCUCGAAAGGACGGAUCCGAACGGGACUCGAAUAGCGCCCCAUCGUCUUUCCCCUUCACGUCUAAAAAAUAUCCCAGCGUUACCACCAUUUUGAAAGAAACCAUGGAUGAAAUAUCGAAGCAGAGGCUGGAGAAAUGGAAGCAGACGAUGAUUGCAGAGCUUGGCGAAAAAGGUUUCGAGAAAUACCAAGAAUUGUUGCUGACACGUGGACGUACCUUGCACCAGAACAUAUGCGAUUUCCUCCGCGGCCAACCUGUCGGCGAAUUGGACAUCACCCCGGAUAACCAAGGCCACUGGGAGAGUUUGCAGAGCCUCUUACCGCAGAUACAAAACGUCCGAUUUCUCGAGACCUUCGUUUCGCAUCCUCACCUGCAGUACCAGGGCAUAGUUGACUGCGUCGCUGUUUACGAAGGAGAACUCAUUCUUAUCGACUGGAAGACGUCCAAGAAAACAAAGUCGCGGUUAUCGCAGACGUACGAUAACCCGUUGCAAGUCGCAGCUUACGUAGGGGCAUUGAACUAUGACGACAACUACGACGUGCAGGUGAAGAGUGCGGCCAUCGUCGUAGCUUACGAAGACGGACAGCCGUGCGACAUUCACCGGAUGGGUCCCACAACGUGCGAGACCAACUGGCACAGGUGGCUCAAGAGGAUCCGCGUUUACUGGCAGAGCCUUGGAACGCCUGAUUAGUUUGCACAAACUAACACUUUUACCAAAUCGUGGCGCUUUAUUGUUAAUGAAGCAGCCAGCAUAAUUUCGUUGUGCCUAAUUAGCCAACUUCCGUGGCUUCCAAGAUGGGCGUAGGCAAUAAAAGGGGGCGAGAAGACUU